AUGAAACUCCCUGUCCUUAUCACGUCCAUCCUCUGCAUCGCAUCCAGUGCGCUUGGCACUUCUCCAAGUUCCGAUAAAUAUGAAAAGUACAAGUCGAUGUCUCGCGUCGCGCCAAUUGAAUUGACGGAUAAGACAUAUAAUGACUUAACUUCAAAGCCCCGUGACUACCAUGUCGCGGUCCUUCUGACUGCCACAGAUGCUCGCUAUGGCUGUGUCCUUUGCCGCGAAUUUCAACCAGAGUGGGAGCUUAUCGCGCAGAGUUGGAAUAAGGGACCCAGGCCAGAUGAGCUCAAAUUGCUGCUCGCUACUCUGGACUUUAGCAAUGGUAAAGAGACUUUUCAGAAGCUGAUGCUUCAAACUGCACCGGUGCUGCUCAUGUUUCCUCCUACAGUUGGUCCUUUCGCAAAAGUCGACGAUGCACCGUUGAGGUUUGACUUCAGUGGACCAAUUUCCGCCGAACAACUUUACAGCUGGAUUAAUAGGCACCUUCCAGAAGGCCCCAAGCCGUCCCUCAGUCGCCCAGUCAACUACAUGCGAAUCGUCUCUGCCGUCACAAUUCUCAUGGGACUAGUGACAUUGUUCAGUGUUCUGUCUCCCUACGUCUUGCCUAUUAUAACAAAUCGGAAUCUCUGGGCUGGCUUCAGUCUGAUUGCCAUUCUCUUGUUUACCAGUGGCCACAUGUUUAACCAUAUUCGUAAAGUCCCAUACGUCGUUGGUGAUGGCAAGGGUGGUAUCAGCUAUUUCGCGGGUGGAUUCUCCAACCAAUUUGGAAUGGAAACGCAGAUUGUUGCUGCUGUUUAUGCUGUCCUGUCCUUUGCAACAAUCGCUCUUUCUAUGAAAGUUCCUCGCAUGGCAGACAAGAAGGCACAGCAAUUGGCUGUUAUAAUUUGGGGAGGUGUAUUGCUGUGUAUGUACAGUUUCCUCCUCAAUGUUUUCAAGGUGAAAAAUGGUGGAUAUCCAUUUUUUCUGCCUCCAUUUUGA